GUUUCUGAAUUCAGAAAGCAACACAGACCACUUACAAAAUGUUUAAGCUGGUGGUGUUGUCUUGCGUCCUGGCGGCGACGUCCGCAAUGAACUUCUAUGGAGGAUACGCGGCACCUUUUGCACCUCUGACUUACGCUGCACCGCUGUUGCAGCCUUACAACUACCGCGGACCUUUCUCCUUGGCACCCGGUCAACCCGCCAACGUUCUUGGAGCUGACGGCAGGCCUCUGGACACCUUGGACGUAAACUUAGACCGAUCUGCCCACUUCACCGCUAAGGCAAUUGACAACGGACUCCAUGUUCUCAAGAAACGCUCCGCUGCAUUCAUUGCUCCUAUCGCCGCACCCAUCGCAACACCUCUGGCCUAUUCUACUCCUCUAGCCUACUCCGCUCCACUUGCAUACUCCACUCGUCUGGCAUACUCUGCUCCUCUUUACCAACCGUACAAUUAUCGUGGACCAUUGUCGCUAGCUCCUGGACAACCCGCUAACAUCUUGGGUGCUGACGGCAGGCCUCUUGAUACCUUGGACGUCAAUUUGGACCGUUCUGCUCAUUUAACGGCGAAAGCUCUUAGCGGUGAACAUAUCUUGAAGAAGCGUUCUGCUCCUUUCAUUGCUCCCAUCAGCACCGUUGCUGUUGCCAGGACACCACUGAUCGCCUCCACCUACACCUACUCAGCGCCCAUCGUUUCUGCUCCCCUAAGACAUAUAACUUAUGCCGCUACCCCCUUCGCUCACUACCUAUAAAACGGAACACACGAGUUCAUUGUAAAUACAAAAAUGAAAUGAAAUAUAUAACAUGUGAUUACCUUAA